AUGUUAUUGUCUGUUAUCACAACAUGUGGAAACUUUCUUGUUAUAAUCUCUGUAUUUUAUUUCCAACAGCUCCACACUCCUACUAACUACCUUAUUCUCUCUCUGGCUGUGGCUGACCUGCUUGUUGGGAUCAUAGUCUUUCCUUUCAGCAUGGCAUUCUCAUAUAGCUCAUGUCUGUAUCAUGAGGGUUUAUUUUACAGAUAUUAUGCAGUGUGUCAGCCUUUGACCUAUAGAACUAAAAUAAACCCUUGUGUUGUUGUGAUCAUGAUUCUCGUUAGCUGGGGGGUUUCUGCUCUAAUUGCAAUAACCAUCACAAUUGCUGGAUUAAACAAUGAUAAAUGUGGGGAAAGGUGUUUCAUUGAUGUACUCAUAGCAAACACUAUUGGACCUAUUUUAUCAUUUUACCUCCCAGUGAUCAUAAUGCUCUGUAUCUACCUAAAGAUUUUCCUUGUUGCACAGAAACAGGAACGCAGCAUCCAGAACACAACCUGUCAGAGCAAAAAGUCUGGAGCAACUGUCAGUAAGAAUGAGAGAAAGGCCUCCAAAACUCUGGCUAUCGUUUUAGGAGUCUUUCUUUUAUGUUGGACUCCUUUCUUUCUUUGUAUCACUGUUAUGCCUUUCAGUAAUGACCCAGUGCCAGUUCCUGUGUUUGAAACACUUGCCUGGCUUGCACUGUCAAACUCCAUGCUCAAUCCCUUUAUUUAUGCUUUCUUUUACAGCUGGUUCAGAUCAGCUUUUAGAAUGAUCAUUUCUGGGAAAAUAUUUAAUGAAAUUAAGGACGACUGGCCCUUUCUCUUCUCCUUGAAGGGCCUGUUCUUGCAUUUCAGUGAGCUGACCGGAAUUCCUAUCCAGGAGAAGCUGCCAGCCGCCAUAGACAACAGGAGUCAGAACAUCAUGGAGUACUUCAAACAGCAGAAGACACCAGGGGUGGGGAAGGUUCUGGAAGCCUACAAUGAAGAGAGUGGCAACAAAGCUGUCUGCACCAUCAUGUGCCUGCUUGCUUACUUCAAAGAGGGGGAUGGUAUCUUCCUAACGGCUGAUCCCUCUGCCACAGCUGCCGAUAUCGAGAGAGCUGUUACCCUGCCAAGCACACCUCGAUUACUUGUACCAGGAGAGAUACUGCACGGCGCAGACACAUGGAUUAUGUCCAUGGAAGGAGCAUGUGUGAUGGGGCCCCACAGCAACCUCCUGCAUGGAUUGGCAGCAGUCUUCGCUGCCUACUAUGUCUUCAACUUGCAAUAUCCGGGAGAAGCCGCAAGCACACUUGAGUUCAUCCAGAGAGCCUUUUGCGGCAUAAAUCCCCCGACGGGCAGUAAGGCAGAGAAAAAACGAGGGCUGAACGCACCAGAUUGCACACUUUUGAGGAAACUGGCGGCUGGCAGCAGUGAAGGGGGAACCCUCCGGCGGCCGAUGGCAAAGGCAGAACCCUUCUGGACCCCAGUGGCAAAGGCAGAACCCUUUUGGAGGCCGGCGGCGAAGGCAGAACCCUUCUGGAGGCCGGUGGUGAAGGCAGAACUCUUCCAGCGGCUGGUGGCGAAGGCGGCCGGCGGCGAAGGCAGAACCCUUCUGGCGGCCGGCGGUGAAGGCAGAAACCUUCUGGCGGUCGGCGGCGAAGGCGAAACCCCUCAGGCGGCCGAACUGGACGUCGAGGGCACUCAGGCAGCCGGUCAAGACGUCAAGAGCUCUUGGGCGGCCGUCGGUGAAGGCGAAUCCCUUCUGAUGGCCAAACAGGACGGCGAGGGCAGCGCCCCCCCCAGAGGCCAAGGCGGAGCCCCUUUGGAGGCUGUGCAGGUGAAGGGGCUAGCCAGCCAGGGAUCUGGGAGGCUGCUAGGCAGCAGGGGGUCAGGGAGACUGCUAGGCAGCCGGGAUUCAAGGGAGCUGCAAGCCAGCCGGGGAUCUGGUAGGCUGCUAGCCAGCCGGGGGUCAGGGAGACUGCUAGCAAGCCGGGAUUCAAGGGAGCUGCUAGCCAGCCGGGGAUCUGGGACGUAUUAG